CCCGACACGACAGAGUCUUGGCCGAAGCCUGACAACACAAAUGACCGCACGUCACGUCAGGGAUGCCCUGAAUCUCUCUCUGACUGUCUUCCUCUUUAGAACAAUUGAGUUCCGGCUGAAAUGCUCCGGAUUCAUCGCCCACCUUUCAGCACGACAGACAAUGGCCACGCCAGCUUCUCCCAACCAAGCAGGAAAACACACACAUGCCGGUUGUGAAGAUGCGUCCUGUAUCUACCUACCUAUCUAGAUACUAGAUACCUUAGGAACUGUGUGUACCACCUGGGUAGCAUUUACAGGUAUCCGUACACAGUAUCUGUACUCUGUACAGUCCACCAUUUGCACUUAUCUAAUCUAAUCUUGGC